AUGAAUAGCCGCAUGGACUUCACAGACCGUGCCCAAAAGGCCGUGGAGGAUGCCAUGGCCUUGGCUGAACAAUACGGCCACUCUCAGCUUGCACCGGUUCAUCUCGCUGUGUCUCUGCUCGACCCUCCCCCGGACCCUUCCAAGGAUCAACAGAACGGUCCUCCUCCCACAAGCACACUCUUCCGACAAGUCGUUGAGCGAGCACAUGGCGACCCUCAACUCUUCGAUCGAGCCCUCAAGAAAACCCUCGUCCGACUCCCAAGUCAAGACCCCCCGCCUGAGCAUGUCUCUUUGGCACCUCAGUUCCACAAUGUGCUAAGAAAGGCCAUGGAACUGCAGAAGGUGCAGAAGGAUACAUACAUUGGCGUGGACCACCUCAUCACUGCCCUGUCUGAGGAUUCAACCAUCCAAGGACCUCUCAAGGAAGCCAACAUCCCCAAGCCCAAACUGGUACAAGAAGCAGUACAGGCUAUUCGGGGUACAAAGCGAGUCGACAGCAAGACGGCUGAUACUGAAGAGGAGAAUGAGAACCUGGCAAAGUUCACCAUUGACAUGACUGAGAUGGCCCGCGAGAAGAAGAUCGACCCCGUCAUUGGUCGAGAGGAGGAGAUUCGCAGAGUUGUCAGAAUUCUCUCUCGACGAACCAAGAACAACCCUGUCCUCAUCGGUGAGCCCGGUGUAGGAAAGACCACAGUCAUUGAAGGACUGGCACAGCGAAUUGUCAACCGUGACGUUCCUGACAACUUGAAGUCAUGCAAGCUCCUUUCACUUGACGUGGGUGCACUUGUCGCUGGCAGCAAGUAUCGUGGAGAGUUUGAAGAAAGAAUGAAAGGUGUUUUGAAGGAGAUCACCGAGUCAAAGGAUGUCAUCAUUCUUUUUGUCGAUGAAAUCCACCUUCUCAUGGGCGCUGGUUCGUCCGGUGAGGGAGGCAUGGAUGCUGCCAACCUUCUCAAACCCAUGCUUGCCCGUGGCCAGUUACACUGUAUCGGUGCGACUACCCUUGCUGAAUACCGCAAGUACGUUGAGAAGGAUGCUGCCUUCGAACGUCGAUUCCAGCAGGUUAUUGUCAAGGAACCCAGCAUCCCCGAGACGAUAUCUAUCCUUCGAGGUCUCAAGGAGCGAUAUGACCGUCACCACCGAGUCACUAUUCUCGACAGCGCUCUCGUAGCUGCCGCUAAUCUGGCUGCCCGCUAUCUUACAUCCCGACGACUGCCUGACUCGGCCAUCGAUCUUGUCGAUGAGGCUGCUGCUGCAGUUCGUGUUGCUCGAGAGUCUCAGCCCGAAAUUAUCGACUCUCUCGAGCGCAAGCUUAGGCAGCUUAUGAUCGAGAUUGCGGCUCUGGAGAAGGAAAAGGACGAAGCAUCCCAGACUCGUCUUGCUCAAGCUAAGAAGGAUGCUAAGAACGUGGAAGAGGAGUUACAGCCUCUCCGUGAGAAGUAUCAGAGCGAGAUCAAGCGCAGUGAGGAAAUCCACCAAGCCAAGCUCAAGCUCGAUGAUCUCGAGAAGCGCCUCGAGGAUGCCAUGAAUAAUUCUGAGCAUGCUAAGGCCGCCGAUCUCAAGUAUGGUGCCAUCCCCGAACAAGAGGCUGUCAUCAAGGAGCUUGAGGCUCGCAAAGCUGCUGCCGACGCCGCUCUUAACGCUACUGCCCCUACAGACUCUGGUGGCGCAAUGGUCACCGACAUCGUCACCGCAGAUAACAUCAACGAGAUUGUCUCUCGAUGGACUGGUAUUCCGGUCACUCGCCUGCGUACCUCCGAGAAGGAGAAGCUCAUCCACAUGGAAAAGGUGCUCAGCAAGGUCGUUGUUGGCCAGAAGGAAGCUGUUCAAUCUGUCGCCAACGCCAUUCGACUCCAGCGUUCUGGCCUUAGUAAUCCCAAUCAGCCGCCGAGCUUCCUUUUCUGUGGUCCAUCGGGUACCGGAAAGACCCUUUUGACCAAGGCCCUGGCCGAAUUCCUGUUCGACGACGCCAAGGCAAUGAUCCGCUUUGAUAUGUCUGAAUACCAGGAGAGACAUGCACUGAGCCGCAUGAUUGGUGCACCUCCUGGAUAUGUUGGACAUGAUGCUGGUGGUCAGCUCACUGAGGCUCUUCGCCGCAAGCCAUUCUCAAUCUUGCUCUUUGACGAGGUUGAGAAGGCUGCCAAGGAAGUUCUAACUGUCCUUCUCCAGCUCAUGGACGAUGGCCGUAUCACUGACGGCCAAGGCAGAGUCGUUGACGCCAAGAACUGCAUCGUGGUUAUGACCUCUAACCUGGGUGCAGAAUAUCUUGUUCGACCUGGCGUGAAGGAGGGUCGUGUCGACCCUGGUACUCGCGAGUUGGUCAUGACCGCCUUACGCAAUUACUUCUUGCCUGAGUUCCUCAACCGUAUCAACUCGGUUGUCAUCUUCAAUCGUCUCACACGCAAGGAGAUUCGCAAGAUUGUCGAUAUUCGGCUUGCGGAGAUCCAGAAACGACUCGAAGACAAUGGCAGAAAGGUCCAUAUCGACGUGUCGGAGGAAGCCAAGGAUUACCUUGGAAACAGCGGGUACUCACCGGCUUACGGUGCUCGACCUCUCUCUCGUCUUAUCGAGAAGGAGGUCCUGAAUCGUCUCGCUAUUCUCAUCCUGCGGAACAAUAUCCGCGAUGGCGAAUAUGCGCGUGUUGAGCUCAUUGAUGGCAAGAUUGUUGUACUUUCCAACCAUCCCGACAGUGAACUUGGAGAGGAUGAAGAUAUGGUUGAUGAAGAUGAUGCAGUCGAUGAGAUGUUGGAUGACAUGGAUCAGGACAUCUACGACUAA